UACCAUACCCUCACUUAACCCCAAACUGUGCUUGUCACUCACCGGGUGGAGAAGGGCUCCAGGACCAAGGUGCACAGCAGGCAGCACUCUGGGGAGCAGCUGUCCGCUCCGCGUCAUGCCGAGCCUCCCGGCCCCGCCGGCCCCGCGGCUGCUCCUCGGGCUGCUGCUCCUCGGCUCGCGGCCGGCCGGUGGCACUGGCCCGGAGCCCCCUGCGCUGCCCAUCCGUUCCGAGAAGGAGCCGCUGCCUGUUCGGGGAGCGGCAGGCUGCUCCUUCGGCGGGAAGGUCUAUGCCUUGGACGAGACGUGGCACCCGGACCUGGGGGAGCCUUUUGGGGUGAUGCGCUGCGUGCUGUGCGCCUGUGAAGCGCCUCAGUGGGCUCGCCGUGGGAGGGGCCCUGGCAGGGUCAGCUGCAAGAACAUCAAACCCCAGUGCCCCACCCUGGCCUGCAGGCAGCCGCGCCAGCUGCCUGGACACUGCUGCCAGACCUGCCCGCAGGAACGCAGCACGCUAGAUCGCCAGCCAGUUGGCCUAGUCUUCGAGUAUCCAAGGGACCCAGAGCACCGCAGUUACAGUGAUCGAGGGGAACCCGGUGCUGGAGAGCGGACACGUGCUGAUGGCCACACGGACUUUGUGGCGCUGCUGACAGGACCGAGGUCGCAGGCGGUAGCUCGCGCUCGGGUCUCUCUGCAGCGCUCAAGUCUUCGCUUCUCUAUCUCCUACCAGCGGCUGGACCGCCCCAGCAGGGUUCGGUUCACAGAUCCCACAGGCAACAUCCUGUUUGAACACCCUGCUGCCCCCACCCAGGAUGGCCUGGUUUGUGGGGUGUGGCGGGCAGUGCCUCGACUGUCUCUGAGGCUCCUGAGGGCAGAACAGCUGCAUGUAGCUCUUGUGACAGCCAUUCAUCCUUCAGGAGAAGUCUGGGGGCCUCUCAUUUGGCAAGGGGCCCUGGCUGCAGAGACCUUCAGUGCCAUCCUGACGCUGGAAGAUCCACAGCUUCAGGGUGUGGGGGGCAUAGCCCUGCUCACCCUCAGUGACACGGAAGACUCCUUACAUUUUUUGCUGCUCUUCCGGGGUUUGCUAGGACCCAAGGAUGGAGCCCUUGCAGGACCAGCUCAGGUUCCCCUGAAGCUUCAGAUUCUCCACCAGGGACAGCCACUCCGAGAGCUCCAGGCCAACAGCUCAGCACAGGAGCCAGGUUUUGCUGAGGUGCUGCCCAGCCUUACAGACCAAGAGAUGGACUGGCUGGUCCUGGGGGAGUUGCAGAUGGUCCUUGAGAGGGCAGGUGGGCCAGAGCUACGCAUCAGUGGAUACAUUACUACCAGGCGGAGCUGCGAUGUCCUUCAAAGCGUCCUUUGUGGGGCUGACGCCGUGGUCCCAGUCCAGACGGGUGCUGCUGGCUCAGCCAGCUUCAUUCUGCUAGGAAAUGGCUCCCUGAUCUAUCAGGUGCAAGUGGUAGGUACAGGUAGCGAGGUGGUGGCCAUGACACUCGAGACCAAGCCUCAGCGGAAGAACCAGCGCACUGUCCUGUGCCACAUGGCUGGACUCCAGCUGGGAGGACACAUGGCUGUGGGUAUCUGCUCUGGCCUGGGUGCCCGAGGGGCUCACAUGCUGCUCCAGAAUGAGCUGUUCCUGAAUAUUGGCACCAAGAACUUCCCAGAUGGAGAGCUUCGAGGGCAUGUGACGGCCCUGCCCUACAGCGGGCACAGUGCCCACUACGACAGAUUGCCUGUGCCCCUGGCAGGGGCCCUAGUGUCACCCCCGGCACGAAGUCAGGCAGCAGGGCAUGCCUGGCUCUCCCUGGAUACGCAUUGCCACUUACACUAUGAAGUGCUACUAGCUGGGCUUGGUGGCUCAGAGCAAGGCACUGUCAGUGCCCACCUCCUCGGGCCUCCUGGUGUGCCAGGGCCCCAGCGGCUGCUGAAGGGAUUCUAUGGCUCAGAGGCUCAGGGUGUGGUCAAAGACCUGGAGCCCGUGUUGCUGCGGCACCUGGCGCAGGGCACUGCCUCCCUGUUGAUCACCACCAAGAGUAGCCCCAGAGGGGAACUACGCGGGCAGGUGCACAUCGCCAGUCAGUGUGAGGUGGCAGGUCUGCGCCUGGCCUCAGAAGGAGCGCGGCUCCCAGUGGCUCCAAAUGGAGAGGCAGCUGCCUUGCCUGUGUUGCCUGCUGGACCUGGGCCUGAAGCCCCAGUACCAGCCAAACACAGCAGUCCCGGGAGGCCCAGAGACCCUAAUACAUGUUUCUUUGAGGGACAGCAGCGUCCCCACGGGGCUCGCUGGUCACCCAACUAUGACCCACUCUGUUCACUCUGCACCUGCCAGAGACGGACAGUGAUCUGUGAUCCUGUAGUGUGCCCACCACUAAGCUGCCCCCACCCGGUGCAGGCACUGGACCAGUGCUGUCCCGUGUGUCCAGAGAAGCAACGCAGCAGAGAUUUUCCCGGGCUACCAAACUUGGAGCCAGGAGAGGGCUGCUAUUUUGAUGGUGACCGGAGCUGGAGGGCAGCGGGUACCCGGUGGCACCCCGUUGUGCCUCCCUUUGGCUUAAUUAAGUGUGCUGUCUGCACUUGCAAGGGGGCCACGGGAGAAGUGCACUGUGAGAAGGUGCAGUGCCCUCGCUUGGCCUGUGCUCAACCAGUCCGUGCCAACCCCACUGACUGCUGCAAACAGUGUCCAGUAGGGUCAGGGUCCCAGGCCAAGGUGGGAGACCCCAUGCAGGCUGAUGGGCCUCGGGGGUGUCGCUUUGCUGGGCAGUGGUUCCCAGAAAAUCAGAGCUGGCACCCAUCAGUACCCCCCUUUGGGGAGAUGAGCUGUAUUACCUGCAGAUGUGGGGCAGGGGUACCCCAUUGUGAGCGGGACGACUGUUCCUUGCCACUGUCCUGCGGCUCAGGGAAGGAGAGUCGAUGCUGUUCCCACUGCACAGCCCAAAGGUCAGCCUCUGAGACUAGAACCCUUCCAGAGCUGGACAAAGAAGCUGAAAGCUCCUAGGGAGUGUGUCCAGAAGGCCACAUGACCAAGAGGAUGGGCCCGAGCUGGGAGAAGGAGUGGUGCUGAGGACCUUGACUCUCCUGUGGGAAGCCCAGUGCCUUUAGCGCCUCUGUUCUGCUUCUUCUCCUUCCCUACUACCUCUGGGAAUUGUAACUCUACAAGGGGAAAGACGGCUGGGUCAGACCAAGGCCAUAUCCAUGCUAGCUCCUGCCCCGUUACUCUUUUGGCCUCUGCCCCAGAAGCCUAACUCUUUUCUUCUGUACAUAAUGCCACUGGCUUAUUGGGAUUUUUAAUUUAUCCUCACUCAGCACCAAGGGUUCCCUCACACCAUUCCUGCUGCCCCUGAGCUGAGCAGAGUCAUUAUUAGAGAUUUUUGUAUUUAUUAAAACAUUUUUUCAGUC